CUGCAGAUAUUGUAAACCGCCUUUCCACCAUGGCUAGUAAUAUGGAGCACCUCGAGCGAGAGCUCAUCUGUCCGGUCUGCAAUGAUUACUUCACCACACCGCUCCUUCUUCCUUGUAACCACAAUGUGUGCCACCGAUGUGCCAAGGCACAGCUCACCGGUAAUUCCGGACGUUGCAGCUUCCAUGCCUCCAGCGAAAGUCUCCAGUCAACCGAUACCAACCACGAGACGACCACACCCACUUCUUCUAGACCGAGCAGCGCAGCAGCUAAUCGCAAGUCGCGAAAGUUGUCACUGACGUCACUAUCGAGCACGCCCACCUCUCCGUUGGACACGCCUGGUGGAGGUUUCAACACGGCGAAUAGGAGUUCGAUGAGGAGAUCGUUCCGGGAAAGGAAGAGUGUGACGGGUUCGGGUCCGAUUACACCAAGGGAUAAAGUUGGCACAAAGUCCAAAAAGCUUGGCACAUCAGGAUUAGGAUCAAGGCCAGAAUCGCCUAUUUCUGAAUCUUCUCGUCCCGAUUCACCCAGAGGUGAUGCGAUGACUGGUCCUCUUGGGACCCCAAGGGGACGGAAGGGAUCCACGGGUAGCGUUACUAGUCUGGGAAGCAGAUCAGAUUCUUUCAGUGGAACACUUGGAAUGAGAGGGAGAACAUCAUCGACGGGAAAAUUGAACGGCCCGACGGCAACAUCGAUCCACUGCCCGACCUGCGAUGAGGAAGUUCAUCUAGGAGACAAGGGCAUCAAUGGUCUCUUCAGGAACUUCGCCUUGGAGGUCGUUGUCGACAGGUAUAAGUUGGCAGCUAAGAAGGCCGCUAGUAUUCCAUGUGGCUCUUGCAAGAAGAAACCGCCUGAGGAUGCAGCCAAAAGUUGUCUGGAUUGUAAGUCACCUUACUGUACGGAGUGCUUCGCCAUUUAUCAUCCUUGGGGGACACCGCGAGCACAGCAUGUCUGCAUUGGUCCCACCUAUAACUACAGACCAAAGACCCUGAUGUGCAAUGAUCACCAUGGGGAGAAGAUUACCAUGUACUGUGAGGGAUGCCAUAAACCAAUCUGCCAAAGGUGCAAGUUCAGCGGGUCACAUGUUGAUCACAAAGUUUCCAUCAUAGAAAGAAAAUACGCUGCAAUGAAGGAAAAGAUGGAACAGACGAUCAGUGCCAUUGCAAAACGGCGGCAAAACAUCACGGAUCAGGUGGAGAAACUUGAGAGGAUCUCAUCUUCUAUUGAAGAGAGUGCAGACGCAAUGCAGAAGGCGUUAGCUGAAGCCUUGGAACUGUUACAAUCAACGCUAAGCGAAAGACACACUGACCUGACGCAGAGGGCGUCUGAGGAGGUGACGCAAAGGACCCAGAACAUCCGCAAAGUAUUGGACACAUACAAGGAUGUACUCCAGGGAUGCAGCGUUGCCGACCUGGCUUCUGAACUGCUGAAGGAAACUGACAAGGCUAUGUUUGUACAAGCUGCCAAACCCCUCGUUGGAAGAUUGGUGCAAACGGCCAAGUCACUCAAGCAAACAGAGGAGAUGUGUGAAAAUUACGAGACAUUUGGUGACUUCCAACUUGACUCGACAUGUGCUCUCAAAUCUCUUCAGGAACUUGAUUUCAUCAAAGCUCCGGGCCAACCAGUAUUACAGCCAAAAACUUCCAAUCCCCACGCUUGCCUUGAAUGGACACCAUCGACCGACGGGGGCGUUGUUGAUUCUUAUACAGUGGAGUACCUGAAGCUCGAAAGCAGCAAGCAGACGGAAGAAGUUUUAGAAAGACCUACCAGUCUCCCGCUCAAAAAUGGCAGAGACGACCAAGGCGAGUCUGAAAGUGAUGGCGAAUGGACAAAGGUUUCGGACCUGACGGAUUGCCGGUAUGAGCCAAGGAAUCUAGAGAUGGACACCUCCUACAAGUUCAGAGUGAAGGCUUUUAAUCCGGCUGGUACCAAGUCCAGUGAUUGCAUACUCUUGAAAACACCACCGGCUCCAGUGCUACCUUUUAAAUGGACCCAAUGCCAGUCAAGCGUGCCUCAUACUUCAUCAAAGGUUCGGAAAGAUGGCCAAGAGGUCUUGGUGUCGCCAACGUCAACCAUGUUUUCAUCGAACUCCGGCUCAUUCCCGACCUCUCCCAUCGCACUGGAACCCGUCCACUUUGUAGGAGACAAGAAACUAACGACGGGAAAGCACUACUGGGAGGUCCAAGUUGAUAAGGCCACUCUCGCUAUCCACGUUGGUAUCGCAAGUGAGCGCAUGGCGGAGCGCUUCAGCCGCAGCAGUAACGGCGACGCCAUUGCAGAUCGCGACAGCGGACACGACAGUUGCGACGAACUCGACGACGAGGUCUCGCUGCAAGAUCCCACUGUUUUCGUCACACAUUGCAUGGGCAAAUUGACGCUGCCGUCGCCGACAUCAUCACCUCGAAAGACCUCGAAUAAGGCAUCGUCGAAACCUUCGAGUCCAAGGACAUGCAGUAUUCAAUCUAAUGUUGUUGGUGUGCUCUUAGACGCUGAAGCAGGUAGAGUGUCCUUCUACGAUGGUUCUUCAAAGGAAUGUCUUUUCUCUAGGAAGAUCAAGGUAUCUGGUGGGAUCCAACCAGCUCUCACCAUCGUCGGGUCAGGAAUAGUUAGAAUGAAUUAGCGAUGAUGUACUAUCCGCUGCUAUUUACCCCUGAACCACCAAUCGUAUUGAUUUUUUCGCAUGAUGGUUCGUCGAGGGAAUGUCGCUUCUCAAGGAAGAUCAAGGUAUCUGGUGGGAUCCAACCGGCUCGUACAAUCGAACAGUUAUGGUAAAUGUCCGAUAUUGGAUUUGCCUUGAACCAUCAGUCUUAUCGUGGCUGGGACGCUGGCUUACCUUACAAUGAACGAGCUUUCAUCAGAAUAAUGUGCUGUAUUCAUUUCAUUCAUGGGCUUAGAUACCUGACGUUAUGCUAUUGUUUUUUUUUUUGGGGGGGGUCGCUGGUCGAAUUAUGUGGAAGUGAUCUCAAUAAACCUUAGUAUUCGCGUACAUUCAAACAAUGACCUCUGAAUUUAUUGAUUUUUUUUAUUUUCAUACAACUAGACGCCAAAUUCUGAAACUGAAAAUAAUUAUUGCCAAAGUCGUAGACCUAACUCUUCACAAUGUUCGAUGGGCCUUUAAUAUGGUUCCAGUUAUAAUUGUGUAGUCUAUAACAUAACAUUAUUCAGCACUAAUCAUUUUUCCCCUCGAUUUGGCCUUUGUGUUGCUAGGUAACUGUUCACAUCAAUGGUACAAAAUGUUGUAUUGCUUUAGACUUUGUUAAAAUGGCCGUUGUCCUUGCACACAUAUUUUCUUCUUUUUUCGGCGCACAGAUUGACCCGACAUUUAAAAAAAAGCUGUGUGUGUAUCAGAACAUAUCAUUUAUACAACACCUAGCAUAUUUUACAUUAUCGCUGAAAAACUAGAUCUGAUUCAUUUAAACACGAAACGAAUCCAACAUAAACAAAGAUCAUUCCAAACAUUUGGACCAACAAAAUAAACAUCUUUUGUAACAUUUCAUUCUUAUUCCUUUUUUUGAUUAUGUUGCGUUAAUUGUGCAUAUUGUGAACUGGGCAAGAAACUUGUGAUCAAUACUAGUCAAGAUUAGGUCACAAAUUCAAUUGCAAAUCUUACAAUAUUGCAAAUUUGCUAUUCAAUGUUGCGUGUUUUUUACAAUUAUAAGUAAAAAUUGAUUAAUGUGUCAUAGAUAUAAACAUUGAAUAUAUAGCGGGUAUACCUUGUGUGUUGCACCAUUCAAAGGAAAGAAUAAAAACGUAAUCAUCUAGGCAAAAUCGACGAAAGAAAAGCAUAAAUAUACACAUACAUUUUAUUAAUUUUUGUAAUUGUAAUAAACAGGUUGUCGGUGCUUUUUAAGGCCCCUCUAUAAUUUAACUCAGUCAUGUCAGUAUGAAAAAGUUAUGCGCUUAUUGCGAGCAAAGUUGAUAUGUUGCUUAUUUGUCCUUAACUUAUUUUUUGGUGCGUGAUAACGCAGAUCACUUUCAGAAAUUGUGAACAUCGGUCAAGAUAAAGCCUUUUUAAAUGUUUCAUAUCGAUUUUUAAAGGAUGGCACGGUUUCCGAUUUUAGGUACACCCGAGUUACAAUAUUUGUUUGAUUUUGAAAGCUGCAUGUGGCAGUUAUUGUUGAUUUGAGAUUUGACCGUAGCUGAAAUAAUAUUGAUUCAAUUAAAUGCUCAUGAAGACAGAGGCCAUUGCUUCGCUGGAAAAGAAACUAAUAUGAACCUUAGAAUUAUUAGAUAGUUACAUUGAUUAUUUUAUUUGUAUAUUGUGCAUUAACUUAGUUUUUAUUCUUAAUGAAUGGUGAUGAUUAUCCGACAUCAAUGUAAGAUUAUAGUAUUAUGCUAUUUAUUAUUGUCAGUUAUGUAUUAACUGUUGUAUCGAUCAUUGCAAGCGAUGUGAUUGGCAGGUCAUUACUCCAAUCUCCAUCAUAACACACAUCAUCAUCACCGUCAUCAUAAUCAUCGUCGUCGUCGUCAUCAUCGUCGUCAUCGUCAAAAUCACUCAUCAUCAUCGUUGCCGUCAUUAUUUACCACUGUCAUUAUCAUCAUCAUUCUAUUCAUUAACAUUUUAUUAUGAUCGUCAACAUCGUCACUUUCAUCAUCAACACCAUCACCACCACCGCACCACGACUACCAUCAUCAAAGUUAAUCCCUCUUAAUUGAUUUAAUCUUAUCUUUAAAAACUAAUAUUUUGUACCUUCAUUCAAUAUUUCUUUCACUCAUCCAUUCAAGGAAAUUAAAUGUUUCUACAUUUAACAAUGUUGAAAAGCUAAUAGUGAUACAUUUUAUCAUAGAACUAAGAGAUUUUAGAACAGUAUUGAUUUAUACAUUUCUUAUUCAUCAAAUUGGUCACAAUGAAAUCAUUAAAAUGACAUUAAUACAUUAAUGCUAUGCUGGUUAAUUAUGACUUUAUGACUGUAACUGUAGCACAAAAAGAAAAUGACAGCAUUUUAUUUGUCGCUAGUUACUUUGUAAACAGGGUAUAAUGUGCGUUUUAGCAUGCGUACAAAUAUAACUAUCGCACAUAUUGCUCAUGCUCUUUUAUUCUCUUCAGUGCAAACUUUUUUUAUAAUCGGAGAAGAAAAGGUAUGGGCAGUUCUACAAAUCACUCAAAGUUAAUUUUUAUACGAUUUUGACGUUUCGUCAUGUCUCUGUGUGUUUUUCAACAUUUUAUGAUACAUGUAUUGCACAAUUUUAUAUGGGAUAGAAAGAAUAGCACCUAAAGCGCUUUAUACAUUCUAACCAAAACAUGAUGGGAAAAUGCCUUUUGCUUUUUAUGUGUGAAUCAAUAGUGUGCAAUGUCUUGUAGUAUAACCUGUGCUAGAUUUUGGCUUUUGGUCUGUGAUAGAUCCGAGUAAUUCACCUUCGCUAUUUUGUAGACUUAAUUUGUUGCUGAUAAAGUGCCUCUGAAAAUGACGUGCAAUGUUUAUAUAUAAAAAAGGAAAGAGCUGAAAAAUAAAAACCCAAUGUGCAUUGUAGACUUAGUAUUCAUGCUUUACUAUUAACUAGAAAGGUCUCAGAUGAACAUGUAUGUGUAUUCAGUGUACAGAUAGCUUUUAUUGAAUUGUUUUAUCACAUAAUUAUUGUUCAAAUCAUCUGUACAUUUACUACAUUUAUCGAUUUUUACGAGAGAUAAUGAAUAUUAUGAAAGAGAGAAAUAAUUAUAAAAAUGUUAUAAUGGAAAAAACUUAACGGAGCUCAUUUUGAGACGGAACAUGCGGAAGGGAUUUUCUUCAAAUAAUAUCAUUUCGAUCAUUAAUAUUAUUUUUAAGCUGUGAAGAUUUAUACGAGUAGAUUAUUUUCAUUAUGUUAACUGUUCUGCAUUUUGCUGUCAUAUUGUGAAUAAAUCUUUGCCACAGCAAUAUUA